UUCGAAGGAAACAUUAUGGCGGACGCCUGCAGACAUUUGGGCUUUUCAAAAAUCAUUUUCUAAGUUUAUUUGCGUGUUCUUAUUGAACUUUUUUGCAUAUUAUGGUGUAAUUAGUGUUGAAUUGACUGUUUAUUGUGAUAUUUGACAGUUUCGAGGAAUAAAGUGUUAUUACAUCAUCGUUUGUAAAUGUUAUGAAUAAAUGACGUCAAGUGAAGUUUUGUUGGAAAAAGCUUAUCAAUCACACAUUUUUAAGUACAGUGAAAUCUGUACACUGAGAAGAACCAUUUAUAUUUUAUAGAGAUUUUAAACCACAAAUAUAAGAUAAUUUCUAUAUUAAGAGAGAACAUCAAACAUUAUUUACUUACAUUUACUUAGGAUUGUUUACCUAAGGACAAUUAUACAAGUGACUAUAUUUCAUGAGCUAAAGGACCAUAACCUAAUGUCGAAAUUAAAGGGCCAAUACCCAUCUAACAUUCCAACAUGAAAACUAAACAGCCCAAAGAAGAAACAGAUAAGAGUAUAGAUGACGAACCUAAGACUAGAGCUAGAAAGAAAGCUUCAGACUUAGAAGAAACCAAAUUUGGCCAAGAUGAAUCAAAACCCUCUCAGGAAGUCAAAAAAACAACUAAACCAAAAGCUGUGGUAAAGAAGAGACCUCUUGGUAUAAGAAAAACAACAAAUUUGAAGGGAAAGAAAACUAUAAUAAAGAAAAAUGUUUUAAAAGCAUCUAAUAGAGGCAGACGUGGCAGAAAACCAGCAAUAGCUCAUGAUAAGGAAUCCAUACAACUUAUAUCAGCUUCUGAAAUUAAAAAAGAGCCAACUGACGAUACCACACCAAACUCUAGGUCUUCCAGCCCUAGAACAGCUGGAAGGAAAUCAAGACUUAGCUCUGAUAUGGUCAUGAUGAAGUCUGUUCUGGGAGACUCACCGAGUACCUUAGUCCUUGGUCCUCGCACCAGUCCAUACUCUAUGAGAUCUGAGCGAAGCAAUAGCCCUUCAUUAUUUGAAGGAAAGAAGUUGAGAAGUGGCAAACCGAGGAAAGUAAAGAAUAAUCUUCUUAAUGAAGUUGUUAUAAAAGAACAGAAAAAGAGAAGAAGACUAUUAUCAGAUGCAAGAGCUGAAACUGAGACCUCUGAAGAUGGUAAAAAAUUGAAAAGGGGACGCUCAUGCUCCAGAGAUGGCAGUGAAAUCUCGAAGUGCUCAGACAUUACAGAGUCUGAUAUUAGCUUAAAUGAAACGCUUAAUGAGAUAGAAACUAAGGAGCUCAUUACAAAAACAGAUAAAAUAAAGACUGAUGUAGAUAUAGAUAGUGAAACUAAUGUACAGAACUCAACUAUUGCAAAAGUGCCUUCGCUUAAUGAUGAGUCCAAAUCUGAAAUCAAACCUGAUGCAGAACCAAGUUCCUUAGGUAAUGUGAAAGAUAAAAGAAGGUUGAGCUUGAAGAGAAGCACUUCUUUAGAUUCUGAUAACAAUAAUAGUAAUAGAAUUAAGAUAAACAAUUUAAAUUCAUCUGAUGUUGAACUCAAAAUAUUUGAAACUGAAAGUGAUACACUUUUGGAGGCACGCAAUAAUAUAUUAAAUUGUAUGUCAAAAACAUUUAACUCUAAAGAGGUGUCAAAAAAUAUUAGAAAGGCGAGACGAGGGAGGAAAGCUGCGGCUGCGUCAAAACCUGCACCAGUAGCGAAAAAUGGAAGCAUUGGAAAUGAUUUAGCUGAAGACAAAAAUGAAACUGUAGAUACACUCUCAAAGGAAAUAAGUGACCUCAUCAAUGACUUAGAUCAGAACAUUGAAUCUGAUCAUAAUUCACCAAAUGAAAUCACAGCAUCAACUGAUCCAAUGCAAACAAAGGCAGUUAGACAAUUUUAUGGACUCUCCAAACCUCUUGGGGAUAAUAACAGCAUAGUAAUACCUGAAACACCAGUUAAAGACAAGGAAACUGUUUUACCAAUAACAGUUAAUGAAACUACUCCAUCUAAGAUUGAUGAUAGUGAAAAUAUCAAAUUACAUUAUGAAGAGGGCUCUUCUGAAAAAUGUCCUGACAGACAGGAGGUUAGCUACAAACGUGGAACUAUAGCUAGUAUUGAUAAAUUAAUGGAUAGGCUUAAGGAAUUUGAAGAGUUCGAUAAAAGAAGACAGAGACAAGAGUCUGAAUCAAAAUCAAGUGACAGCAAAUCUGUUAUGGUCACUAAUGAUGUAGUUCUGAUACCAAAGUCUGGUGCAGACAUAAAACCUUUAAAAGACAUCCAACAACCUUUGAAAUCACCAGAAAAGAUUAUUGAAAAAGAAAAUGUAUUGAGUUGCUUUGAAAACAACUCUGCCAUUUCUAUAGUCAAAAGAGAUCAUGUGAGACGUUCUAUUGAUGUGGACUUACCAAAUUCUGUCACACUCAUUAAAAGGAAUAGUAUUAAUGCUCGCAAAGAAUCUACAAGCUCGAAUCAUUCAAGAGAGUCUGAUGCAAUAAGUAUAUUUGAAAAAUCUCUGGGCAAAGAUGUCACUUUAACAGAGAUAAGGAAGUCUGUUGAGAAAGGUAAUCCUUCAGCUCCACCAGUGGACCUACAUCAGCUAGCAACUUUACAUCCAAAUAACCCAACACAAACUAUAGGUGGAAUGGUAUUAGAUUCUAGUCAAAUAUCGAUAACUCCACGAAAUAUGGAACCAAAAUUAAGUGCUAAUGUGCAAUUGACAAAACGAAAAUCAAGAGAUUCUGUAUCUUGGCUGCCUUGUAGUUCAGGACCAGAGGUUGAUGAUAAAAUGGCUACAAUAGAAAAGAUAAAGUCACCUUCACAUGUUAAGAGUCCAGAUAUCAUACCACCACAUAUAAAGAGUCCAGAUUUUGUACCACCACAAAUUAAGAGUCCCGAUAUUGUACCACCACAUCCAGUAGCAAUGAAGUCUCCUGAAUCAACACAACCAAUGGAGACUGAAGCUCUUGCACCACCUCUAGAGAAUGUUAAAGAAAUACCAGAUAAUAUUGCUUUGACCACCGAGGUAACUAAAUUAGAAACUGCCACAGAACCAGAAAAAGAAAAACCCAUGUCUCAAGAUCCUAGUGCAAGCAUAGCUGAAGAUGCAAAGACUCCAAUAGAAACUCCAAAAAUGGAGGAAACACCUGCUGAACCUGUAAAAGAAAAGAAUCCUAUGCCGAAAGAAACUACUGAGGACAACAAAAAUGUUCUCAUUACUGAAGUGAAGCAAGAAGAAACUAAGGCUAAGACUCCAAAGCCAAAGUCAGCCCGUAAUUCCACAGAAAAUCAUGCUGGGCCUAGCAACAUGCUCCAGGAAACUCCAGAAAGUCAAAAAAGAAAAGAGAAUGUUCUCAGAACCCUUGGACUACUGACACACAAAGCUGCUAAUGAGGCUAAAAUAGAGAAACAGAGGGAAAAGGAGAGAAUAUAUGGUCCGAAUUACACUUUGAUGGGAAAAGGAAAAGCUUCCAAGUCAGACUACACUGGGACUUUAAAGGCUGUUAUAAAAUUAAAUAGGGGUGCUGGAGACCGAGACAAAAAGAAGAAUAGAAGUUCUUUGAAGAUGACCUUCCAAAAGAGCAAGAACCGAUCAGGGAAGCCUCCGCUGGAUGUUGGGGAAGCUGGCAGUGAUGAUGACUCUUACUACACCAUUGAAAAUCGAGAGGUCACCUCGGGCGCUGCAUCUGACGGUGGGCAUAGAAAGACACAUUACAGUAAUCGCCUUAACACUCAUGAUGCGGAGUCCGUUCCUGAGCCUGAACCCAAAGAGACCUUGAAACUGGUGAUACCGGAGAAGGCUUCAUCGUUCAGCAUACACCCGGGAAGGCUGUGCAUGGAUCAGUGUUUCUACUGCGGCGGCAAGUUUGGACUGUUUGAUACGCCCUGUCACAUUGCGCAGAUGAAGAGUGGCGAACGGCAGAAGAAAGUGCUCGACAACGAGGAGAAGCUGACGAUAGACAGUUGUCUGUGUGACGCUUGCUACAGACACGUGGAUCGGCGUGCCAACUGUCCCUCAUACCGGAAGAGGCCCUUCAAGUUGCCUGAGGCGCCUCUGCCGACCUCGCUGAUGAACCCCACGACACAAGAGAAACCCAGCAGCCCGCCGAUGGAGGAAGAGAGCGAGGAAGAGCCGCGGGACACGACGGGUCGCCUGGCCACGUGUCACGUGACGGAGUGCGUGACGACCGCUGCCCACUCCAUCCGACGCAAGUGGCUCAUCAAGAUGCGCUCGAGUGUCAACAAGCUGUUGAAACUGGGAAGUGACUACCCUGGGCUCCACACCAUCCCCCUGUGCGCAGACCACUACCGCACCCUGUCGCCGUUGAUGGCUUGCGUGCUCUGUCGCCGCCGGCUCACCAAACAUCACAACCUGCACUUCAUACACCACGGUUUCACGGAGCUAAAUCCGCUGCUGAAGGAGGCUGGUGUCCCAGUGGAGUUCACCAGCCGACCCGUGCUGUGCAAGAUGUGUCGCUACUACUGCACCCUGCUGCAGCGACCGGACCACGACAGGCCCAGGGCCACCAACUACCGCCGCAAAUUACUUCAAAUAUACAAUGUCGAACUGCCACCCGAAUUAGAGCAUGAAAUAGAAGAGACUACUGUAUUACAAACAGAUGAAACAGGUAAAGCACAAAAGAAGAAAGCAAGAACAAAAUCGAAACAGAGAAAGUCCACUGAGCCAGAAUGUACACCAGAAAGUGAGUCUCUCGAGCAAACAACAGAAAGUUCACCUGAGAAAGAAAAAGAAGAAGCAGAUGGAAAAACACAGCCCCUAGAAGAAGAUAUAGAAAGUCUCAUAUCAUUAAAUAAAAUCCCAGUUCCAGGAGCUAAGCCACUAGAACCAAACCAUAGUGAUGCAUCUGAAAGUGAGAUGGAGAAGCUAGCAGACUCAGAAAUGCCUUUAGUACCACUUGAUAAACAAACAGAAUUAAGGUAUCUUCUGCAAAAACAAAAUAAUCCAGCCCAAUUUCAGAAUCCCAAUUUAACGCAAAAAAGUAAGAAUAUCCUCAAAAUACAAAAUGUUGGAAUUCAAAAGGUAGGUCAACAGCAAAGAAUUAGUGACAAGAAUGCAAAACGUAUCCAAAAAAUAGGCCAAAUUUUGGCGCAUAAAGAGAAACCUGUUAGGACUGAAAACGAACUUGAAAUAUUUGAUCCCGAUAAAGCUAAAGAUGUAACUAUAAUGAGAAAUAUAUCAUUAAAUGAUGAAUGUACAAUAGAGACAAUACCCAACAAGAAGCCCGCAGACAUUAACUUGUUGAAAAAUAAAUGGCAUUCUUCUGAAAGCUUCUGUCAAGUCAAAAAGAAUUUGAGUGAAUUAUCAAAGAAGUAUGGCGAUAAAGAACCUGUAAAGAAAUCUUCAGACCAAAAAUACUCGAACCCUGUUAAGAGACUGGAGACUAAUCCAUCUAUAUCAGUCAGGGAACUGUUCCCUGGUGAAGAAGAAAUGAACUUGCAGUGCAAUAUUGAGUUCAAUAAUAUAAAAGGAAUAACUCCCGAGGGUUGGGAGAAGUGUAAUUCUAUGAUACAGUAUGACAUUGAGACUAAAAAGCUAUGGGCUGAAUUACAAAGGCCCUAUGGAAACCAAUCUAGUUUCUUACGCCACUUGAUACUGCUUGAAAAGUACUUUAGAAGUGGGGAUCUUGUGCUAACUCAGAAUGCGUCGCCUCAUGCGGCUAACUACAGCAAUUCAGUACAAAGUAGAAUACGCUCGUAUGACAAUAAAGCACCUGAGCCUACUAGACCCCAGACAAGCCUUAUCGAAUUCCGUAAAAAACCGUCAAUAAAUGGAAAGAGUUUGCUCAAAUCAAGUCAGAAUUCAGAGAAGAAAACGUCCAGUCCGGAAUUCGCGAAACCAAAGCCGAAGGAGAAAGCAAAAGCUAAACCUUUGCCACCAGAAUUGAUAGCUAUUAAUACUCCAAAUGCUCAAGGCAGAAAGGUCAUGCAGAAUGUCUUGCAUAAUAUCCAACAGCUGGUCAAAGGCGUGACAGCUUCGGAUCCCACAGAAGUGGCCUCUGCGCCUCUCCCGCCUGUUAAGUUUAACUCACCGAAAGAGAAAUCUCUCACCAACAAAUUGGAGGCCACAAAAGAACCCCCACAGAAAGAGACCAGCAAACCCGACACAUCUAAGAAACCUGACACGCCAAAGAAGCAGAAGGCUGCAAGCAAAAGUUGGAGGCCCAAGCUAAUGCCAAUUACUCAGGAAAAUCUAGCAAAAAUAGCUCGAGAGCCACUCAAAACUGCUGUGGAUGGACACAGUUUACCCAGCUUGGUGCAAGUUCUCUCUAAUGGCAAUCGGUAUCACAUUACCUUUGAAGACUACAACAAAAUGUGUAUAAUCCGCAAAGAGAGGCAACAACGGCUCCUGGACAAGGAGGCUAAAACCAAACCUACUGAAGAAAACACAGUGAUUACAGAAAUACAGACAUCAACAAUGCUUGGCAAUGGUGGGACUGUAAUGCAAAACAUUACUCCAGAUAAUUCUGUGUUAAAUGAUACCGAACUACAGAUAGGAUCAAAUGCAGCGACAAUAUUAAAGAAUGUUGGAUUGAAAAACAUUACUAUUGCUCCAAUACCAGCCAAAACUGCCACUGUAACCUCGCAGAUUCUGUCACCCCCUGUCAGUUCGCCAUCAAUAUUGUCGAGCACAUCAAUCAAGAUACCUCAGUUGGGACCCUCAGUGUCCAUAACUGCAGAAAGUGUACCAUUUGUGCCACCAGCAUUACCGAAGAUACCAAAAGCCUUGACAGUUAUACCACAGACUAUUGUAACAAGCCAGGCAUCACCUGUUGUGACUACAGCACCAUCCCAAACUGAGCAAAGGCCAUAACGAAAGAUUUACCUGGUCUUAUAGCGACUAAAUUUUCCUACCCGAUAACAUGGGGCCAGACUGUGAUGUGAAGUGAAGGAGACUAUGAUUUGAAGUGAACUUAAACUGUGAUUUAAAGUGAAUUAAACUAUUGUGUCGCAUGUGACUUAGUGAAAGUUUCAUCGCAAUAUAAAGUGAGACUACCAGAGGAGCCUUAUAUGUAAAUAUUAGUUUAAUGGACUGAUUGAGUGAGUGAGGAGGGAUGAAUAAUAAAACCAAAUGAUAUGAAGCUUAUUUAUUUACUAUUUCGUGUAAUAUCAUUUUGACGGAGCUUUGCCAAAAAUCAUUUCACUUUUUUCAGUUAUUUUCACUUAUAGCGCCUUGAUCUAAUUUUAUCUUCAACUUUAUUCAUUUACUGCUUAUAAAAACAUAUUUUGUGAUUCAAUUUAUUAAAAAUACCAUGUAUACCUGAUAAAUUGAUUAAAACAUGAUGUUCACUAUGAAUAAUAUAAAGAUAUGUGUUUAUAUUACUAUUAUCAGAAAAUUCCAGGGUUAAAAUACAUAUAUGUACCAAUUGUUUGAAAUGUAAGAAUAAAAUCAUGUUUUAAAACUGUUUUCAUUCAAAAUUGUCUAGUCAGGAUUGAAAAUGCAUUUAUAAUUUAUUAUGAUUCACCUGGCUUCAUAUCAUUUGAGUAGAGGGAGACAGAUUAUUUUUAAUUUGUUUUUAACCUGCUAUAUAUAUUUAUUGUAUUUAAAAAGACAGUUAUUGUACUUUUAAGACAUGUUCGUCAUUAAUGCCUAGAUGUUUAUGUUGUUUCAUUAUUAAUUUGGUGAAGUUAUUUUGAAUCGAAUUCCAAACACACACAGAUAAAAAUGAAUAUAAUUUUUUGGCAAUAAUUUCUAAUCUAUACUAAUAUUAUAAAGCUGCAGUGUUUGUCUGUUUGUUUGUUUGAACGCGCUAAUCUCUGGUACUACUGGUCCGAUUUGAAUGAUUCUUUCAGUGUUGGGUAGUCCAUUUAUCGAGGAAGGCUAUAGGCUAUGUUUUUUUUUUCAAAAUUAGGGAUCCGUAAUAAAAUUGCUAUUUUGUAACACAAGGUGUAAAAUCGAAAACCUAUUUUUGUGUGCGCUGCAAAAACUAUUGACAAUAGAACAAAAUGAUGUACAGGCUAUAAUAUAGGCAAUAUUUUAUUACUUAUAAAACUAUCGCGUGAAUUAUACUUUAUAUGGCAAAACAACGUUUGCCGGGUCAGCUAGUAUCUAUUAUAUACAGGUAUGACACAGUAGAGAGUUGCGUGUCAUGUAUUUUCAAAUAUCUUCACCAACUUAGUAUCUUUACAUAAUUCAACAUAUACACAGGCUCAAUUUUGAACAGGAUUUAUGUUAAGGUAAUAAGGUAAAGGAAAAAAAUUAAAAAUACUCCUAAAAGAUUUUUGACCAAUUGAAAUUUUGUUGUAUGCUGUUAUUUGACUGUAAAUUUAUAAUAGCUUAUAAACAAUGACUUGUAUAAUAAUGUGUAAUUAAUAAACAUAUUUUUUCAUUGUUAACAUAAUAACUGAUGUUACAUAGAAACUAAUGAGUUUGUAUGUAAAGUAACCAAAAAAAAGCAACAAUAAAAAUAUUUUACAAGUCCCUCCAUAUUUUAGUUUUCCUGUUAGAUCAUAAGAUUGUGGUAGACUGUGCAUAACAUGUGUGUGAAAGAGAUAGAUAUUUACAAUUAUUUAUAUGUAAAUGUCUUCAAGUAUAUCAAAGUUUGCUAAGCAAAUAUUCAUUAUAAUAUGAAAACUCAGACAUAGGCUGAUUAAAUGGGUUCAGUUCUUCAUUUUUUCAAUGCAACAUUUAUAUAAUAUUGCCCCAUUAUGUGUGGUCUAUUACUUCCGGUCUUCAGAUUGAACUCACUAAGAGCAACACACUGUGACUUCAGAUCUUCAUAAAUAAUUUUUGUCCUCAGUUUGAGCUCACUAAGACCAACACACUGUUUGACUUCAGAUUGAGCUCACUAAGACCAACACACUGUUUGACUUCAGCUUUUCAUAUCUAAUCUUUAUAUUUGGCCAUUAUUAUUAGUAAAAUAAUUUCAAAUGGUAUUUACGUAGCUCUUAAAAUCAAUAAAAGUGAAAUAUACAAUACAGUCUGUAUUCAAUUUAUUUCAUUUGUCGAUUGAACGAUUAUAGGAAAUAAAAUAAUUUCAUUUGUAUGCUAUGUUUAUUGCUUCUUAACUUAUAAUCGUUUAUUUAUAUCAUAAUUAAUUUAAAUACGCAUGCAGUUCAUUAGUGUGAUUCCCUGGACAUUUCUAGAAAGUUCCUUAGUUGAUUUUCGUUUAAUGAUUGUACGACCAGAGAGUUGUGUCGUAGUGCCUGAAUGUCACAUACAUAUUAUGUAAAUACACAAACAUAUUGGUAAGGCUCAUGGUUGAUUCAUAAGUUAAAUAUUAUAUAUUGUUGAGAUAAUGGAUAUUGUAUUUUAUUUUGGGUCUAUAUUGUAGAGUAUGGUCCAAUGUUACAAUAAGAUGUACAGAUAUUGUUGGGGUGUUGCUUCUAGACAAUAUGGCAACAUUAUUUUUAUAAUUUAUAUCACAAGCUGUAUUCUUUGACCUCAGAUAAUUUAUAUGUCUAGAUAGAGUCUCUUGCUGUUAGACAACCGAUAAAAACAGGCCAGGUUUAAUACUUUAGUGUGCGUGACAAGCUACGUUUUACACUCGCGAUUUGUAUGACACUGUAUUAGUGUGCGUGAAUUGCUCAAAAUAGAGGUUGGUUCCAAACUCAAUUUUUUUUCGACGUUUUCACAGCUUGCAUAGUCUAUCUAAGCGUAUAAAUGAUAUAAGUCUUUGACAUGUUGAGUUACACAAAAAUGUGUGUUUAAAACAAAGUGUGACAGUACAUGAGAGUUUUUUCUUGCAUUCGCGUGGUUUUAAUUACAAGGUUUGAAAGUUUGUGGUCUUACCUUCGAUUUGUACUUAAAGUAGUAUUAAAUUACAUCGACUUGGGCUAAACCAUGGUUACCAACAUAUUAAGAGUCUGGAAUUUUAUGUAUCAUUAUCAAAAUCAAUCCGACAUUUUAUUAUUAUAAAUAAGAACAAUAUAUGAACUCUAAAUGUUGUAAUUUGGUGAUUUGUAAAUUUACAAUGUACUUUUUGAAGUUAUACUUCUUUAGGCGCUUUAUGAAAAAAUGAUGAGAGUGAAAUUAUUAAAAGCGCGCGCAUCACUGCAACACAAAAUUAACAGGGUGAAGUUGGUUUUUUUCUGACGUUUGCGUCAUUCGUUAUUUUGUUUUGGUUUCUUAUCAUCGUCCAUUAUUAGGACAGGCAAAGGGUUCAAGCCCAUACAGCCGUAUUCAUUAUUUAAUAAUUAAUUGUCAAAGCCAUCUUUGCAAGAUUAUAACAAAAUUGUUCUUUCUUAAAACGAAUAGCACGAGGAAUAAAUCAUUCUAAUGAUUUUUGCUUCGUAAGACCAAAGAAGUAUAACUUAUUGCGUGCAUACCUAAGUACACACACACUUUUUUCAUCAAAUAAGAUAAUUAUUGCCAAAUCCCUAAUAUGAAAGUUGACUAAAAAAGCGUAUUAAUUUCCAAAAUGUGAGUUUGUCAUAGAAGCAAUACACCUCGGCGUUAAUAAAUUGUUAUAUACUAUUUUAGUACGUAUUUAUAAGUUCAUUGGAAUGUUAUUCUGCCGUGGUCUGUCCAUGAACAAAAUGUCUGCCGCAGCGCCUGAGCGCGCGUUUUUAGUUUCUUCCAAAGAUAGCGUUUUAGUUUACAAAUAUAAUGGAUUAGUUUAGCCCGGCACUGACCGUGCCCAAGGUAUCAAUUUGUCUAAUAAACAUAUCUUUAUCCCAUUA